AUGUUAUCAAGAAUACUUGCAUUGGAGUUUGAUUUAUAUAUUCAACGAGAUAUUGCCUACAAAGUAUUCCAUUUUUUCCUCAAAGAUGAAUUGGAUGCUUUAAAAGUAUGUGAACAUUUUGGAGAAUUAUCAAAAGAUGAUGUAGCAAAAAACUCUCCCUAUUUCGGUAGUUCAAGUACUUAUGCUUCAUCAGUAAUUUAG